AGUGCUCUCGUUGGUUACUGGCUCCCUUUGGUCGGCGAAACCGAACAAGCAUCCUGGGCAUGUAUGGCCGGAUGAGUACGCAGGGACGGCUGCGUUUAAGGUAUGACGAGUUGCAGGCGUGCCCUGGAGGGGCUGGUUCUCGUCUUCCUCUCUUUACAUCGAUCAGCUCCUUCAGCUGAGCGUAUUUUGUCUGCAAGAUGUUCACUUUCACGUCUGCGUUUGUCACUGUCGCUCUUUCGAUCUCCUCCUUUCUCAAAUUUGCACAAGCGCAAAACUACACCACGUUUGUUCCUGCUGCCUCGACGUUCUACGCAUCGGAGACGGCGACACAGUUCUCGAUUAACAUUGCGAACGACUCGAGUGAUGUGUACUUCUACUUCGCCAGUCCGGCGUACUCAUGGGUCGGUGUGGGAUUCGGACAGCAGAUGGAGGAUAGCCUUAUGUUGAUUAUAUAUCCGGAUGCAGACGGCAAUAAUGUCACGAUCUCUCCACGUAUCGGUAGAAAAGGCGGCGAGCCAAUCUUUACUGACAAAAUCGACCUCGAAGUCCUCGACGGCACAAGGAUCGAGGACGGCUUGAUGAUCCUCCACGCUCGCUGCUCGGACUGCCGUGUCUGGCCCAACGGCUUCCUGGAUGCUACUUCGCCUCAUCAGCCUAUGAUAUACGCCUUUGGUGGUCCCUACGCGCUGCAGUCGUCGUCUGAUUCUGCCGAUCUCAAGCGUCACGUGCGGUAUGGCCACUUCACCAUAGACAUGAGGGCUGCGACAGGCACGGGAGGCGUGCCGUUGAAGAGUAACGCGAGCACCGGCGUGCAGGAUCUGGGGGUUAUGACCAAAGAUAAAGAUCGAAGGACUCUUGCUCACGCCAUCUUGGGGUGUGUGGUCUUGUUUGUGGUGUGGCCACUGAAUGUGCUCAUCGCCGGCUUCUUGAAGAACAUCCGCAUCCACGCCGGCUUUUCGGUCGCUGUCAUCCUGAUAUUAAGUAUCACGUACGGCUUGGGAAUCAGCACAUCGAACCAGUUUAACCGCUCCAAGGUCUUCAACACGCCUCACCAGAUCCUCGCAAUCAUCUCUAUCGCUCCUCUAUCGCUCCUCUCAGCCCUUCCAGCACGCCCGUUAGUCCGGUUGCACCGCAUAAUUCCGCGUCUCCAUGUGCCCCUUUCAAACCUGGCGCUCACCCUGCUCCUCGUCUCCGGCGGUCUCGGCCUCCAGCUGUCCCAGCAAUCCCGGCUCAUCAUCCUGACCUACACUGCGCUCUCCCUUACGCUCGUCAUCUUCCUCGCCAUCAUCGGCUCUGUCGUGCGUCGACGUGGACCCGCGUAUGCUAGAGCUACUCAACGACUACCUCUCACUUCGGUGUCGUCGAGUGAGCUGGGGCUGUUGGGGAAGGAGAGUAGAGCGGGGAGUGAGGCGGGAAGUGCGACGAGUCUGAAGGGGUUCCUGGAUGAGAGUCGAAGAGGAGGGAGUAUGGCGGACGGGCAGCAGAGGAAGAUAUUCGGCGGUGGGACUAUGCCAGGCCCGCAGUAUUUGUUGAAUAUGCAUCCAGGGGUACCGGUGCAUAUUGGAAGUGGACGCAGGAUCUAAAUUCUGACUGCCUACCUAGUUUUGAGCGUUGUGUUGAAAACGAAUUUUAGCCCAUGCAGCUUGUUCUCCAGUAGAGCUCCCUGGACUUGAAGACUUUGCUCAUUAAUCGCUCACUUGAGUGCAUGGGAGGCUCCUUU